AUGAAUGAAACUAUCCCAUCGCCCCCAGGUUGGGUGGAUGAGCCCGACGGCCGCGGAACAUGGGGCAUUCUGUCAACGUGCAUUCUAACCAUUAUCCUCUGCUGCUGGACGUCUGUCUUCCCGAAUAUUCGCGGACAGUCGGACGGACCAAUCAGACAGUUGAAAUAUAAAUUCGAUCUCGCUUGUAUUGGGCUGCUAGGGCCGGAGUUUCUGUUGAUGUUGGCGUUGGGGCAGUGGUCUUCUGCGCGGGCUUCUGUGGAGAAAUUCCGAGCGAUGGGAUAUAAAAACUGGACGCUUAGCCAUGCCUUCUUCGCCGACAUGGGUGGUUUUGUCAUCGAAGUGCCAGGAAUGACGUUUCCCAUCGACGCGGAGCAGUUAUAUAGAUUGAUUGAAGGGGGAUACAUCGACUAUCCACACCUCGACGAAGAAGACAUAAAAGAUAAAAGCAAAUCAGACGGUCUCACACGCCUCAUCGCCAUCCUCCAAGCCCUCUGGUUCUCGAUCAACUGCAUCCUCCGCGCCGUCCAACACCUCGCUCUCACCACCCUCGAACUCACCACUCUCUCCUUCAUCAUUAUCUUCCUCGUCACCUCGUACUGCUGGCACCAUAAACCCAUGGACAUCUCUCGCCCUAUUACCUUAUCCCUCAACUAUCCCCUCGACAUAAUCCGCUCCCACCACCACCAACCCCUUGGCGAAUGGUACCAAACGCCUUUAUCGUUUCUGUCUCGCGAUGAGUGGUUCUGCAGUCGCUUUUGGCGGUAUUAUGUGCGCAUUCUGCAUUAUCUGCGUGUCCCGCUUUUCACCCGCCCGAGAACGAUUCCCUACGAUCGCAUACCCAGUGAUAAUUUUCCAAGAGUGGAUGUCUGGGCGGAAGUUAUUUGUGCCCCGGCUAUACUCUUCUUCAGUUGUAUGUUUCUGUUUGCGUGGAACUUUUCGUUUCCGUCAACGGUGGAGAGGGUGUUAUGGCGGGCUGCGAGUGUUUAUACGCUCGCGUUUGGGCUGGGAGGGGGCAUCUUUUGUGGAUAUUGUCAUAAAAUGAUGUUUCCGAAGCGUAUAGAAAGUGAGGUAUUGCCUGGUUGCGAGAAGAAGACGGCGAAGGGAUGGCUGGGUAGGGUUGCGGAUAAGCUGAGAAAUAUCCAUCCUGAUAAGGAUCCGGAGUUGGAGAUUCCUCUGCGAGUGUUUAUCCCGCUUACGAUGCUGUGUUCUGUGUACUGUGUUUGUCGGGGCUUCAUACUCGUCGAGGAUAUUAUUGGGUUGAGGAAGUUGCCGGAUACUGCCUUUGAUACGGUGUCGUGGUCGAAGUAUAUUCCUCAUUGGUGA